AUUAUGAUCGUGAAGGGGAGCAUGGCUGCAUGCAGGCAGACCUGGUGCUGGAGCUGAGUGCUCUAUCUUGCAAGCAAUAGGAAGUCGACCGACAGCCACACUGAGGGAAGCCUGAAAAAAGAUUUCAAAGUCCACCCCCAUAGUGACACACUUCCUCCAACAAGGCCAUACUUUCUAAUAGUGUCACUCUCUUUGGGGGCCGUUUUCUUUCAAGAGCAUUCUGGAUAGACUAAUAUAACAGACUCUUUCUGAAGACAUACCAGGGUGGUCAGAAGUCAGGAUGGGAGAUGAGGACUUUGAUCAGGGUUAGGGUGUGAUGUUCCGGAUACAUUCAGAGUCUUUCUGCGCCUGGGCGAUGCAAGGUUGUCAGGGUGGGGGCUGAGGUCAAACCUCCUGAGAAGAAGGCUUCAAAGAAGAAGUUUAGUGAGGGCAGUGUGGCCUGGUAGUAAUCACUGUGUGGCAGGACCAAGAAGAGACAAAGGGGACAGUGACAGAGAACAUCACACCGCCUCUGAUAGGUCAGCGCUUUCUUUGCGUGCACUGCAACCACCAAGAAGGCUGCCUUGGACACUGGUCAGCAGGCUCUGAGACUUGGAAUGGGCAGAAUGGUCCAUUUAUUCCCAAUAUAUAAUCCAUAAUGAUGUGGAUCUGCAGUGAUACAAUAUAAAAUUUAAAAAAAAAAAACUGUUUUGCCACAUCUAAUCUCUUAGCGUCUUCCGGUUGCCCCAGCUAAAGUCUGAGGCAAAGGAACUCACAGGCACAUCCCAGGAGCAGCCAAUCAAAUCUCGCGAGAGAGCAAUCGUCCACGGGACUCUCGCUCUGGCUUCCGGCUGGCAGGUGGGCUGGUGGCGUCGCCCAGGGCAACGGCGAUGGCGGCCACGGCGGCCGGGCGGCUGUUCUCGCUGGAGCUGCUGGUGGACUGGGUGCGGCUGGAGUUCGGGCUGGCGCCGUGCGCCGGGGAUCCCGCUGUGGCGUUUCGUCUGCUGGACUUCCCGCCGCUGCUCGUCCUCCCUCCUGCCGCUUCAGCCCGGGAGCCCCGGAGCGGUACCAUCGACUUCGGACGCGGCAAGGCCUGCCUAUUACGCCUGCGCCCUGCCGCCCUGCGUCGCCCGCGCCUGCGCGCAGCGGUGCUGCAGCUACCCGAGGGUCCAGCGUCUGCACCGUGCAUGCUGGGUGCUUGCGACAUCCUGCUCGUCGCCUCCCAGGGCCGACGCGGUAAAUACACCCUGCGCGGUCCGGCGGCCGAGCGCGUCGGGGAAUUGGCGCUCUUCUACCGCCUAACUGACCUGGGACGCUUUCCCCCGGGGGUUCCGGAGCUGCAGGGCCCUCUGAACCCUGAGAGUAUCACCUCCGAGGCCAUGAAGGUGUGGGAGCCACCUACCCAGGAGACCUCGAAGCCAUGCACCAGAGAAGCCACUGUCAGAUGCCUACAGUGUGCCUCAGAUGUACGUCGCUUGGAGGCCUCAGAGCCAUGCCCCAAGGAUACCAAUAGCUGGUCUGCAGGGGACUCAGACCCCUCAGCUGUCCAGAAGACCUGGGAAGAAGCAGUCUUACACAGCAAGGCCGGCUCUGGGGACAUGGCUUCUGCCCCUUGUUCACCGGCUCCCAGUGGGAGGACUGCCAGCCCCCUCAGCCCUGAGGUCACUGAGCUGGACUUUGAAACCAACACCUUUUGCCCUCCUCCUCUGUAUUACACUCACCUGAUUCAGGAAAAGACACCCCCUGCCAGGGUUGAAAUCACUAUUGAGCCUCAGAGAAACGGACCUGAGGAGCCGGAUGGCAUUUAUCCCGAAACUAAACCUGUAGGUCCUCCCGUACACCCGGUGAAACAUACAAGAUCUGCAAUGGAGGAGAGCCCUCCAGUGCUUCUCAAUCCACCCCAGACGCAGGGUCCAGGUGCAGUGAAUGAGGUUGCGUGUCCCCAGACUGAACAGAAUACAGCCAAUGCAAUAAGACAGCUGCCGCUCUUAAACGCUUUGCUGAUUGAGCUGUCCUUGCUGUGCAACCAGCCCGUGGCAAGUCCUGCUCAGGUUCAUCCCCACUUGGCCUGGUUGUACAGAGGUGAAUACAAGGGGCCAGAGCUUUCUGCUAAGUCCACAUCUCGGUCAGAAUUAAAGAGCAGCAAACUUUCUGUGAGAGAAAGUGAAAAGCCUGUGAGUCUUCAGCCUAAAAAGAACCCUAAAGGUAAGCGUUCAGAGAAGAUCAGUGGGAGCCCUCCCCCGAGAGCCGCGAAGGGGAGGCUGCUCUAUGGCUUAACGAACACCCUAAGACUGCGUCUAAAGCAGACAAACCCCGACAUGCUGGUUGUCCAUGAAAAGAGAGAACAGUAUAGAAAAUCACAAAUACAAACUGGGGGACCAAAAUUCCGGGUCCCAUCUUGGAAAGGGAAAGUACCAAGCUUGGCAACACAAAGCCAGAUGCCACCACAGCUGCCCGAGAAGCCUUCCGACUCCAGUGGGUCUUUUGCUGAAGGUAGUGAUACUUCAAGGCAAAUCAGUGCAUGCUUUGAUGAGCCAAGUACAAAUACAUCUAAAGCAGUGAAACGGAACCAGGCUGAUAGACAAGAAACAGGGGGGCAGAGUGAGAACAGAGCCAGCAACACUUGGUUGGAAGCAGGUGUGGGUCCCAUAGAGUCCAUCAUCCCAGCGAGAGUCCCUCCUUCACAUAUCCUGGAAGGAGCAUCCAAAAUGCUGGUCCAAAGCCCAGGGCUUUCCCAACAGGAUCCUGCAGUUGACCAAACUGUGGAGGAGGGGAAAGAUAUUAGCCAUGUCAAAGUCAUGGACCUUGUGACUUCUGAUGCAGGGGUCAACAGAGCAGCCAGUAGAGACAGUUCCUGCAAGAGCAUCUCAGAGCUAGAGUACCAGGAAGAGUUAGCCAGCCUUUGCUAUUCUGAAGACUUCUGCAUGACUGAGAAUAACAGCAGAAGUCUGCUGGCUCCUGGCUCCAGCACAGGGGCAGAAAAUGCUCAGCACGGUUCACAAGCAAGCAAGUCCAGCGAGGCAAGGCUGUCCACAAGGAAAACCAGCAGCGAGCUGAGCGUGCUCAGCCCUCCCUUCUCUGCUGGCUCCCCAGUGUGCUCCCAUAAGCGAUCUCACGUACUGAAGACUCCCUGUAGGAGUCUGGAGGAAGCCUCCAGUAGCUCCACCAGCGACUUAUCACAGUGGACAAAUGAAAAGGAGAACCAGGCAGAUGCUCUGAGUACAGGUAGUUCAAAGGUCAUGAGGACAGGUCGGGACAGCUCCACUAAACUUAAAGGAGGAGCUGGUCGCAGGUCAUCUGAAAAAAGCCAGUCACCAAGGACGUCACAAGUGAGUUCUUAUGAACCAUCCAAUCUGUCUGAGCUAGAACUCAAGGGCUUUGACAACAGCGAGUCAGCUGAAUUCCAAGAGGAGGAAGAUGAUCUUGGGCCACUGAACUUCUCCAAACAGUGCAGAGACAUCUGUGAAUUAGUAAUAAAUAAACUUCCAGGAUACACCGUGUGAAGUUUGCUGCUUUUGAAAGCUAGUUUCUAACUGAUAAGCGCUGAUCAUGAAGAAACGUUAUAACUCCUACACGACGUUAGAGCGUAACGUCCGUGGUGGUAGGUCUUUAGGAGAUGUAUAUAGUUUGUCAUUGAUGUUUAGUGCCUCACCCUUCACGCCAAUCCUACUCUGAGUCACUGUUAAGCUUAGAAUGAUUCUUUUGUGAGAUGUUCAAGAUUAAAAGUAUGUCUAUAUACUCUGUGGAAGUGUCAGCCUCACAGUGCAGAUUUAUCUAAAGUCGGCGUUCUAGGCACCGUUGUAGAAAGAAGCGCUCAUGUGUGAGCUCAGCACCGGUUCUUAAUGGGAAUAAAUCUGGUAACAGGUGGAUGUGUUAGGGUGUGAGGUGCAGAGGGGGAUUGUGAUUGUCUGCUGCGAGGCGUUUUUGGCUUAUGGACCUUCAUGACACCCUGUCCUCUUACUGUUUAGUCUUCAUUUUGUGUGAAUAUACUCCAUUUGCACUGAUUUGAACUUGGGUUUCUUGAUAAAUCCUGUCUUACUUUACACACCAAUAUUACCUUUUUUUUAAUUUAUGAAGUUGCUGAAUAAAAGCCUUGGCAGUUAAAAUCUUACUAAAGGCUGUAGCACACUUAACAAGAAGCAUGGACUCUCCCUAAUGGAAAUGUAUUUGGGUAAUAUUUUAAUUUCACUGAGUUUAAACAGCCUUCAAGUAUACUCAAGCAUUUAGGAGAACAAAGUCAGGCUUCAUCCCAUAUAGUUUUGUGAACAGGAGUUUAUGCCGUGUUUUCUGGUUGCUCAGUGUUCGUUUGUAACAUGGAAAAGCUGACUACCAUAAACCCUUGCCAUCAGUUCUGCGGGAUGUCCUUCAUUGAUUUCAGAUUUCACACUGUGUUCAGAUACUUUGGGACCUGUGAGACAAAGCCCUGGUUUUUCUUUUAUUACAUAAAUUAUUAUAAACAGUUACACAGUUAUAUGUGCAUAUUCGGAGUGAUUGAUCCUAGAAAGGACUUACAGUGAUGAUGAUAAGGGCCAUUGUGGAUACAGGAGUGGAGACGGGCGUGAGCUUGGCGUUCCCAGGAGAGAGAAUAGCAUCUGGAUGGUGAUGUUAUGUUCACGUCACAGUGGCAUAAAGUCAGUUUGCUGCACAAGGAAAGUUCCAGAUUGUAGAGAGACUCAGACUCCAAGUACACUGUCCAGCAAUGGGAGGUGGGACCAGGACAGCCAUGGGAGAUGGGGCCAGGACAGGGAUGGUUGUGAGUGAGCAUGAGUAAGUCAUGGCCUUGGAGUGUUGUAAAAUACCGGAAAUAAUUACUCAGAGCUACAGAAGUUAAGUCUGGAAAUGGAAAAGGAUUUUAUGCUACAGACUGAUUUCUCCUUGUCUGUAAAUAUAAAAUCUGUGCUGUAUUUUGAAUCCAUAAGACAUAGCGUGGUACUCAGACACGAACUGUGCAAAUGUUUAAUGUCAUUUUUUCCCAUGGAAAAGGCAACAUAUAAGUACUAAAAGAAUCAUCAAAGAUAGUGUAGUGGUUUGAAUGAGAAACAUCUCCCCUAAGUUGUAUUUGACACUUGGUCCUUGGUCUGUAGCAUUAUUUGGGGAGGUUGUGGAACCUUUUAGAGGUAGAGCCUUGUGGAAGGAAGUGCAUCACAGCAUGGGGUGCUUUGCGGAUGUUUAGCUCUGUUCCACCUCUUAUUCUCUCUCUUUCCUGCCUGGGGGAAAAUGUGACUGGUUAGCUUCCUGCUCCCACAGCUCUGCUUUCCCUGCCUCUGGGAUGGGAAUAUGUGAGGGAGGUGAUGCCCCAGGGUGAAAGGUGAAGGUAUAAGAGCUGAGAUAGUGGGGCAGGGCCAGACCAGGGAGCCUGUCUCUAAAAUUGUGUGGCUCAUAGGGCUGUUCUAAGGGAGAUGCUGUGACCAUGUAUUUAAAUCACCUGCUACAGUCUGGCUUCCAAUAUGGCCUUGUGUUUUAAUUCUUUAAGCUGUUGGCUUAGUUUUUAAAUACUUUCGUACUUGGUAUUACUUAUGAAGCCUGAUUUUAUUUUAUAUGGUUAAAAUUACUGAAACAUGAGAUCUGGUUUUAGGGUCAUGAAUAGCAGGCUCUGUCAUUUCACAGUAGAACUGGUCUAUUGCAGCUCAACUUUUCAAAUGGGCUGGAUAGCAAAACUGACCGAGGUGACAGGGGCUACAGCAGUACUGAGCAUGGUACCCAGUGCCUUGGACACCCAGCCCUUGGGACAGAGAAGCAAAGUGAGCCACAAAAACAGUGCUGGUCCUGCCUCUGUGUGCAGCUGAGGAGGCGGCUGUCUGUUCAGUCCUUUGAACCCUUGCUGUAGAUACAGAGGCCUGGACAGAGACACACCACAUGUCUACCUCUCGUUCACAUGCCCUAUGGUGGUGACUUCUCCAGGUAGGAGGAGCAUCUGUCAUGAACUUCUGUCACACCCUGUGGCUCCCGAUUGAGAGUCACCCUUCACGUCCUGGUUUGUCUUUUUUCUUCAUGUACAGAGUGCAUUGUUACAGAAUUAGACUUAGGGACUAGACUUUUGUUUGCAACAAAUGAACAGGUCAAGAUUGGAAAUUGAAAAUGACUUUUUAAUUAUGACAUUUUUGUUGGCAAGGUGAAGAGAUGUCAUAGCAAAGCAACAUAAAUAAGAUACAGUAUUUAAAUAUGUUGAGUUAAACUGUCCUUGGCGCCAAACAGCUCAGGCUGUUCAUGUUUUCAUUUGCGUUAAAGCACACAGCUAUGCAGAAUGGCACUUUGUGAGCCAAGACUUGUGAGGUGGUUCUCAUUUCAGCCCCAGAGCGGUUCUGUGAGAAGGUGCUUGGUCAAGGACCAACAUUCUCUCUGCCUGACUUUCUCCCUGCCUGUGCCCGGCACAAACACCUUGGGAGGAUUGCCAUUGGGCCGCAGUGCCAAGCUUUAAGGAGCCCUGCUUCCUUGUUCUUUAAUCAGUACUCAUAUCUAUCAAUGCAUAUCCAAUGUAGAGAAAAAAAGGCCCAGAAAACUCAAGAGUUUUACUCUCAUUGUAGAGAAAAGGGGAUAUGUCUUCAAAUUCCAUUGAACUAACAGGAGAAGUAUGAAAUUAAGAAUUAACCUAGAAAAUUAAUGAAAAUACUGGGGGCAGGAGUAGCCGUCAAUGGUAAAAUGUCUGCCUCGUGUGUGCAGGGAGAUCAGUUUGGUCCUGAGCCCUGAAACAAAAAUAAUAGGAACAGUGUUUUAAAAAUAGAAAAUAAAGAGUUUCCGAAAAUGAG